GGUAUCAGCCUAAUUUAAUCAAUUAUAAUACCAUAGUAAAUGGUCUUUGUAAAAUAGGUGACACUACUCGGGCUAUCUAUUGCUAAGGACUAUGGAAGAAAUAAGUUUUGCACCUGACAGUGCAACAUACAGCACUAUCAUCGACAGUCUUUGUAAGGACAAGCAUGUAACCGAGGCUUUGAAGCUUUUCUCAGAAAUGAGAGGUAAAGGCAUUCCACCCGAUGUUGUCACUUAUAAUUCCUUAAUUCAUGCUAUGUGUAAUUCAUGUCAGUGGAAGGAGGUUACAAGAUUAUUGAAUGAAAUGAUGGCGAACAACUGCAAACCUAAUGUUAUCACAUAUAAUAUUGUGGUUGAUGCCCUUUGUAAAGAGGGUAGGGAUUUAGAGGCUCAAAAUAUUUUUGAAAGAAUGAUUCAACAAGGUGUUGAGCCUAAUAUAGUCACCUAUAGUUCAUUGCUUGAUGGAUAUUGUUUGCAAGGUGAAAUGGAUGCGGCUAGAAAAUUAUUCAAUUCAAUAACUAACAAGGGUUGUGUACCUGAUGUAUUUACUUACAACAUCAUUAUCAAUGGAUAUUGUAAAGCUAAAAGGAUUGAUGAGGCAAUGGAACUUUUUCAUGAAAUGACUCGAAAUGGAUUAAUCCCGAAUGUUGUUACUUACAACACUCUUAUAGGUGGCAUGUCACAGGUUGGGAGACUUGCAGUCGCACAAGAACUUUUCAAAGAAAUGAGUGCUCGUGGCCUAGUUCCAAACGUGAUCACUUACUGUACUUUGUUGGAUGGCUUAUGCAAGCGUGGUCAUAUUCAUGAGGCAUUGGGACUUUUUCAUGUAAUGCAGAAUAGUGGAACAAAUGUCAAUGCUCGUUCAUCCUGCUUUAUAAUCAUAUUGUCUUUUCCUGGUGGUGUUUCUUUGGAACGGGAAGCAUUAGAAAGUUUUUUGUUGUGAGUUUUGUUUCAUGGAAAUGAGAUAUUUGGUUUGAAUUGAAGUGAAUGGUACAGAAUUUAAAUAAUUCUUUUUUAUUAACAUAAAUUUCCAUUUGACAUGCAUUUCCUAUGCUUAGAUGGCGAAGUCACCAGAGCUAUGUCCUGUGGUGGUGCAGGAUUUCUGUUGAUCUUCCACCAUUUGGGGAACUGGCAUGGCUAGCUGCCUUGUCUGCUCUAACUGAACAUCUUACAGGGAUAGGAUCACAUUGUUGAAUUGUAUGUACUGAAAUUCAAAAAAUUGCCCUGGAUCUAUUAUGAAUUGACAUGAUUCUAAUAUAAUGCAUCUCUGUUUUCCUUUAUUCUUAUUAUUAUAUUAAUUUAUGUAGUUAUGUUCUUAUAGUUUUCCUCUCAAUUUUUCCUCUACUUUAUUGAUUCUAGUAGGGGACUUUGAACAAUUUGAUUAAACGUCUUGCCCUGCAAUUUUCUCCUUUUGGUUGGUGUCAUUUCUUUUGUGCUACUUGCCUUACUCUUUGCUUAUCAUACUCAGAUGUAUAGUACAACUUUAAUAGCAACAAAUGCAUGCCAGAAACUACUUAUUUUUCUUAAUAUAAAUUUCAGAUCAAAGUGGACAUAAACAUAGAAUGGGAUUUAUAAAUGGAUCACUGAAUUAUGGUUUUCCCUCUAUCAUUUCAAUAACCUAACCUAUAGA